UAUGGCUUCUUUAAUUUCCGCCCGGCAUCAUUGGGAGACGCAUCGUCAUUCUGCCGUUCUUUUCUAUAGAUAGGUUGGUGAAUCAAAGGAAGUUACAAAAAUGAGCUUGCCCCGUGUUUACUUGGAUGUGGCGGUCGAUCGUGCACCAUUGGGGAGAAUCGUUGUGGAGCUGAGAACUGACGUCACUCCUAAGACAUGUGAAAACUUCCGUGCCCUCUGCACUGGCGAUAAGGGCUUUGGUUAUCGAGGCUCCACCUUCCACCGUGUCAUUCCCAACUUCAUGUUGCAAGGGGGUGAUUUCACCAACCACAACGGCACUGGUGGCAAGUCCAUCUAUGGCGAGAAGUUUGCUGAUGAGAACUUCAUCCUUAAGCAUACUGGACCUGGUGUCCUGUCUAUGGCAAAUGCUGGCCCCAAUACUAACGGCUCUCAAUUCUUCGUCACCACUGUGAAGACAUCAUGGUUGGAUGGCAGACACGUUGUGUUCGGCAAUGUGGUUGAGGGCAUGGAUGUAGUAAAGCAAGUGGAAGCUAUGGGCUCCCAGUCUGGCAAGCCAUCCAAGAAGGUUGUCAUUGCAGAUUGUGGCCAGCUUUGUUAAAGUAAUACUGUAAUAUUUAUAUAAUAAAAUGCAAUAUUUUAAGUUAUAUGUAAUGUCCUCCUAAAGCAAACCUUCCCAGUCAGUAUGUAACAUUAUGAAGUUUGAGGUCAUUCCAAUUAUGUUAUAAAAAAAAUUAAAACUGAUCUAGUUGCAACUGAAAUUUGCAUUUACUUCCGUGCAUUGUUUAUUCAUAAUAAAUUAACUUAUGUAACUGU